AAGCACAUUUGCUGUAAGUUCCGACGCAAUGAAUAUAUCUGUAAAUUAUUUCGUGGAAUUAACUGUGUUUAACAUUAUGAACACUGUCAUUUUGGCCCCAUACAGCAAUCAUUGAAAGCUUCGUGGUUCGAAUUUCAGAAAGGCAGUUGGGUGCCUUUCGGAGAACCAGAUUUACCUGUGCAAAUGUUUUGGGGAGAUGCACUUGCUUCCAACGGAUUUUUGAACGUGGAGAGCAUGCUAUGCCCCGCAAAUAUAGAUGAUACACAUUAGGUUUUGGUAAGGAUAGAACUGCAAUCUCAGAUUGUUCGUGUUAUCACCUCAACCAAACCUGUAGACUAUGAAAAUAAGUUCCAGUAUAUGGUAGAUAUGAUUCCCAAACUCCUAAUAAGUUGCAAAUACCCCAUAUUUAAACCCGAUACUAUUUUGACUGACAAGUGGAGGUUUUGUGUUGAAGAAGGUCCGCAGCAAACCGGGUUAGUAUAUGUUAUUUUAUAAAAAUUUGUAGUUAGUGUUUUUGGUGUUAGUCCUAUUAAUGGAAGGUGAUUGUUUUUGGUGUUACAAUUGACAGGGGUGGUGAUUGUGGGAUUUUUGUGCUCAAAUGGAUGGAAUUCCUAGCCAAUGGUAUCUCAAUACAAGAGAUGACCCAGGAACGAGCUGCACAUUUCAGAAAAGAAAUGGCUGUGGAGCUCUAUUCUUUUGCAGUCAUGGAUGCAAAGGAUUAUGCAGCCCAAAGGGCUGGCAAAUUAUUCAAAGAUAAAGAAGUUGCCCAUAUAGAGAAAGAGAAAGAAGCUCCCAAACGUACGAGGAAGAGACGGAAUUUUUUUUACUGAAUUUGAAUAUAUUUUAGGUCAUUGGAACCUCAAAUAUUCAAAGAUAAAGAAAUUUUAAAUGUUGUAUUCAAUAAGGAUUAUACAUUGUAUUUGAACCGUCUUUAUAUAAAAUGGCAAACCCUUUCACAUUCGGAGGAAAGUAUAUUUAGUGUUUUCAAUAAAUUUACCCCACUGCGCCUAACAUGUGUAUAAAGCCCGUAACUUCAUUUUACGGGCAUAAAAUCCCUUGUUGGCCCAAAUAUCAAUUCACCGGAUAGGACGAGCUUUAAUGCCCGAAUAAACCCGAUAGGUAUACUUUUGAAUUUGGUUGUUCAUUUUACCGACGAAUCCUUCAGAGGCAACAUCAAAUUGGGGGUUAUUUAUUUUAUGCCUAUUACUUUAAUACGAUCCCCCCGCUCCCCAUAACUACAAAAAAUCCUAAUUCAACUAAUACCUGAUUAUUAGUACUUAUUGCACAUUGUUACGUAUAUCCCUGGUACUUCUAUUUUACCCCUGAAAUUUAAAACACCCGUACUAAUUAAACCCGGAUUGCCUUUCACUCACCCGAUCGCUCCCUGUGAUUGUCUUCGUUAAGCCCAACUCGCUAUCUCUACCUAAACCCCACAUCCGCCCCAGAACAAGCGAGCAGCCUCCGCAUUAGCGUUGAACGUCACCGCCGAACCCUAACCGCCGUCAAGAGGUGAGUCAUGUUGUUCUUUUGUGUUAUAUUUGUCGGACGCUUAGACUUAAACGGAAUCCGUAUCAUGGCCCGACUAUGUUUCUCGAUGAGGGACGGAAUGCGAACCGACUGUCUUGCCGACGACACUUCGUCGUGAUGAAGACCCAUUGGCGAUGAAUGACCGUCUGCAUUCAUGGCCGGUCUGCCUCCUUGUAGCCCGAUGAAGUUGGGCAGCCCGCGAUCGUGGCUCCCGGGCUUAAAAUGUAAUUUCAGGCCAACCGGGCGUCAUGGCGCCAUUGACGCCGUGCCUCAUCGCCACUCCGGACACAAGCUAUACCGUUUUUCAUUUACGGGCUUAAUAUGCAAUUUAAGCCCGUUUUAGGGCUUACAAACUACUUUAGGCCCGCUAAAUAGAACAUGUUCAUGUACCCCAUUAGAUAUCGCCUUCCUGUUAUGAUAACAUAAAGGUUUUCCCUUUUUAAAUUUUGGUCGAUCACUGUCAGGUGGAUGCCUACCAGAUGUUGAAAUUUACGUACGUUCACGCUAAUCGGGUAAUCCCGCCGACUACGCGGUUCACAACUCACUGUGGCCUGCACCAUCUUACAAUUGUUCGUGAGGCAUUAGAUCGUUAUCGCCUCUUGGAAACAUUCGCCGAUGGGCCCCUGGGACAUUUUAUUCAGAUCCCUCUGCACGAUCAGUAUUCUGCACCACAAUUGGUUGGAGAAGUCCUGGUUAGGGAGGUCACCUUUCCCGGAGCCCGGGACGAUGAGAUGUGGUUCGAGCUUGGGGGUGUGCCAUAUAGGUACGGGAAGCAAGAAUUCAUUCUAAUAACUGGACUCCGAUUUGGCGUAAUUCAUAAAGAACAAUUUGAAGCGAGGCCGCUGCAGGCGGACAGUUUACGCGCGCGGCUGUUCCCACAGCAACGGGAGGUGAAUUGGCGCGACAUCAAAGUAGCUCUUGAUUCCAGACAUGAUCUCCUUGCAGAUGAUGUCCUCAAGCUAAGUUAUAUUGUUGUUGUGACAAUUUUGUUGCUUGGCCACGAUGAACGCGCACCGGUGGAGGACUUUCUGUGGACUAUGGCCGAGGACUUACCUGCAUUUCAGUCGUUCCCUUGGGGUACGUAUAUCUACAGUAAAAGCCUGCAUUACAUCCGGAUGGCCACUGUAGAUGGCAAGCUGAGCGGGGAGCUUGGCAAGAAAGUCAAUAUUUACGGUUUUGUUUGGGCGUUUCAGUGGUGGCUGAUCGAAACAUUCCCAUGGGUGGAGAAUAAGUGGGCCAUCAGACUAUCCGUUCCGUUCUCCAUUCCCAGAUGUCGGAAGUGGUGCUCUAAAAGAAGGCCACAUAAAAUCAACUACGUAGAAGGCCUUAGGAAUGUAUGUUCCAAAUCUCAAAUUAAAUUGAGUAAUUUUUUGAAUAUUUUUAGUAAAGUUAAAAAUGAUAAAAUAAUGUCGUAGGUUCGGGGUACGAGUGCGACGAUCGAGCCAACCGAUGCAGAGCGGGACACUGACUUUGGAGGUCCUUUAACCCUAUGUUCUGGGUUGGUGUGGACGUAUACAAAUUAGGCGGUGGAGGGAUUGACCAUAAUGUGGAGGAUGCGGUCCGGUCCGACCAGGUGCCAGAGGAGGAGGAGGCGGAUGCGACUGAUGGUGCUCCUCGUACACAUACGCACCGCGGACAGCACGAACAAGAGAUAACCGAUAAGCUGAAUCUGACGGUGGAGAUGUUGCAGUCCAUGAACGGUCAACUCAGCGAGAUGAGCACACGUUUGGACCGAGAAAUCGGUCUACUAAGCUCACGCAUGAAGCUAACUGAUAGGAGGUUGGGCCAUGUGGAGUGGAGGUUGAGGCAAUUGGAAAUGGGGCAAGCAUCACCUCCAGUUGGCGAUGAAGCGGAUUACCAGACAUCAACAGGCAGAUGUCGUCGGGCAUAAUACACCGAUCCCACCAGACUUAAGCGGGUAAGGAAUGCUGUCGCGAUGGACAGGACCGACGAUGCAAUUGAUGCGGAUACAGUGCCGCAGUCCACAUCUGUUGGGACAGUGGAGGAUGUUCCUGUUCCUCAACCGGACAGAGGGGCAGACAGUGUGAUGGAUAAUGCGGCUCAUGUUGCGGAACACCACCUGCAGCUAGAGGGGACCGGGGAUGAAGUCCCUCAAAAUCUAUCACCCACUGAUGUUGCCGAGGUGGUCAUGCAGAUAGCAGCUGAAGCAGCGCUUCGCCACCUGGACCCGCACGAUGAGGAUAAUCCUAACCCCCCCGAGGGCUACGGUGAUUACAUACGGUCGGAUAAAGAGAUUGCGCGGGACACAGGGUACAUUGUCCAUCUAAUACCCAAUGACCUUCGAUGCAUAGCGGAAUCGCCUAACUGGGUAGAGGCGGCUCACAUCGACAGUUAUAUGUGUUGCCUCCGACGAAUAAUCAAGACGCAGUCUAGUGGUGUAUAUGACACCAAUUACGCACUGAUGUCGUCAUCACUAUUUGUACUUAUGGUAUUGCACUGGAACAAUACAUAUGCCGGGAAGCGGUUCGUGCCUGGUAAUGCGAUUGUCCCAGACAGUUGGCUGAAUUUUGUCCAAGGCCAGUCUGAUGAUGAACGCCCGUGGUGGACAGUAGAAUUCGUGUUGCUCCCAUGCAGUAUAAAUAACGGUCACUGGGUCCUUGCGAAUAUUUGCCUGAAGCAGGGGAAAGUUGUUGUAUAUGACUCCCUUGCCAAGUCAACAGAUAGCAGGAAGUCCAGGGUGACGGCCAUGCAGGCAUUGGUCAGCCUCCUCCCCAUUCUCCUGGUGCAGAGUGGAUAUUAUGAGCAUCUAUCCAAAGAUGCGCCUGCUUACAAAAAAUGGGCGUUGGAGAUUCUUGAUCCGGGGAAGGUGGCGGUGCCGCAGCAACCUAACGGGCACUCCUGCGGAGUGUACGUUAUGAAGUACGUUAUGGACAUAUUGCGGCACAGCGAGGACCAGUGGGUGAACAAUCACAGCAUGGGUGAUAUGACAAGUCUCCGCCAGAAGUUUGCGAUGUUUUUGUAUAGACAUAGCAGUGUAGUUGAUAGUUAAGUGUAUAUGUUAUUAGUAAAAUUAAUAUGUAUUUCUAUAUACAUUUAAGUCUAGUUGGUAUUUGUA